GCAUUUUGUUGACAUCUGCUUCGUUUGAAGGUUGCGAAUCCUGAAUGUUUGUUAUCACUGCAAAGUUUUUCUAAUUUUUUGUCUUGAUCAUUGUUUUGCUUAGGAAAAAAUCCAAUAAUUUAUAGUGUCUAUUAAGAAAAUCAACAACUAAAACAAUGACGGAUCCCUCGGAACACUUACUAGCUCUGAAAGUUAUGCGUCUCACUCGACCGACUUUGAUAAGCUCCCAGAUUAUAACGGCGGAGGCCAAAGAUCUGCCCCAGAACACCUUCGCCGGUAUCCUGAAAUCAUCGGCAACCACCGUGCAGGACUGUGAAACCCUGGCCGCGGGACAAUUUAUGCAGUUGCCGCAGAGCUUCGGGAACAUCUAUCUGGGGGAAACCUUCUCGAGCUAUGUUUGCGUCCACAACUGUCGGGCCCAUCCGGUUGGGAACGUUUCGGUGAAGGCGGAUUUGCAGUCCAACAACACCCGGAUCAAUUUGCCGAUCCACGUGGACAAGCAGGGCCCGGUUGUGCUGCACCCGGACGAAACCCUGGAUGACGUGAUCCAUCACGAAGUCAAGGAAAUUGGAACCCACAUUUUGGUCUGCGAAGUAUCCUACAUGACCCCAGCUGGACUGGAAUCAUCAUUCCGGAAGUUCUUCAAAUUUCAAGUGGUGAAACCCCUGGAUGUGAAAACUAAAUUCUACAACGCGGAAACCGACGAGGUUUACCUGGAAGCUCAGAUCCAGAACAUCACCGUAGGGCCCAUCUGUCUGGAAAAGGUGGAACUUGAAAGUUCGGAACAAUACACGGUGGUUUCUUUGAACAAUUUGCCUUCGGGUGAAUCAGUAUUUUCCCAACGAACCAUGCUGCAACCGAUGAACAGUUGCCAGUUUUUGUAUUGCAUCAAACCACUGCCGGCUAUUCUGAACGAUCCAAUGGCGUUGAAAGCCGCAAAUAAUAUUGGAAAGUUGGACAUCGUUUGGAGAUCUAAUUUGGGAGAACGAGGUCGAUUGCAGACAAGCCAGCUUCAGAGGAGCCCCAUCGAGUAUGGUGAUCUCCGAUUGACUGUCAUCGAAGCCAACAGCACCGUGAAGAUUGGCGAAGGAUUUGACUUCAAAUGCCGCGUGACGAACACCAGCGAACGGUCCAUGGAUCUACUGAUGAAUCUGAACACCAAUGCCAAAGUUGGGUGCGGUUACACGGGCCAGACCGAAAUAAGCCUAGGGCCACUGGAGCCGGGAAAAUACAAGGAGUUCAGCUUGACGGUGUGUCCUGUCCGCCUGGGGCUGAUUACCAUCACCAAUCUGCAGCUGACGGAUGUUUUCAUGAAACGGAAGUACGAGUUUGACGACUUUGUUCAGGUGUUCGUGGUUGACGAAGACUACCAAGAGGACGACUUUCAACUGGACAAAUAUGUUCGGUAUAGCAUUCCACAGUCUGUUUAGGACGUUCUCUUUCAUAGAUCAGUUAUAUUUAUUCAUGUUUCGAGUAGAUUAUGUAGCCAACAAUAAAUCUGUCACAAGGAAAUUCAA